AAACAGCUUGUUGUUCUUCAUCUUUAAAGAGACGCACAGACUGAAAAGCAGACGAUCAGAUUCACCUGCAGAACAAAGUAAUAACCUCCAUGUGAGUUCAGCUACAGGAGAGAAAAGUGGAAAAGUAGAACCCUUCUGCCUCAACCUGCUGACAAUCCACAGACUGAAUCUUCACUCAGAGACAAAAUGGCUUCCAGAUCAGAGGAGGAACUCUAUUGUUCAGUCUGUCAUGACAUCUUUAAAAACCCUGUUGUUGUGCCAUGUAGCCACAGCUUCUGUAAAGACUGUCUGAAGAAGUGGUGGAGACAGAAACAAUCACGGGAGUGUCCAAUUUGUAAGACAAUAUCUUCGAAGGGAGAACCACCUGUUAGUCUGGUGUUGAAGAACAUGUGUGAAGCCUUCUUGAUGGAGAGAGAUCAGAGAGCUUCAGGGGCUCUCUGCAGUCUGCACUCUGAGAAACUCAAACUCUUCUGUCUGGACCACCAGCAGCCGGUGUGCGUCGUAUGCAGAGAUUCAGAAAAACACACCAACCACCGAUUCAGACCCAUCGAUGAAGCUACACAACAACCCAAGAAGAACCUUCAGGAAACUCUGGAGCCCCUGAAGGAGAAGUUGAAGCUUUUUGAACAAGUUAAAGUAAAGUUUGAUCAAACAGCAGAACACAUUAAGUUCAAAGCGAGAUACACGGAGAGGAAGAUUAAGGAGCAGUUUCAGAAGCUUCAUCACUUUCUAGAGGAGGAAGAGGAGACCAGGAUAGCUGCGCUGAGGGAGGAAGAGGAGCAGAAGAGUCAGAUGCUGAAGGAGAAGAUUGAGACUCUGAGCAGAGAGAUAGCAGCUCUUUCAGACACAGUCAGAGCCACAGAGGAGGAGCUGAGAGCCGAAGACGUCACAUUCCUGCAGAACUACAAGGCUGCAAUCGAAAGAGUCCGGCAGCGGCCCCUGCUGGAGGAUCCACAGCUGGGCUCAGGAGCUCUGAUCGACGAAGCCAAACACCUGGGCAACCUGACCUUCAACAUCUGGAACAAGAUGAAAGAGAUGGUUUCCUACACUCCUGUGCUUCUGGAUCCAAACACUGCUGACCCAGAACUCAUCUUAUCUGAAGAUCUGACCAGUGCAAAACGAGGAGAGAAGAAGCAGCUCCCUGAUAAUCCGGAGAGGUUUGAUUAUAAUUGGUCUGUCCUGGGCUCUGAGGGCUUUAACUCGGGGAACCACAACUGGGAUAUUGAGGUUGGAGACAGUGGAAGCUGGCUGGUGGGUGUGUUAGCAGAGUCUGCCCAGAGGAAGGGACGCAUACUGUCUGGAUUAUGGAGAAUGUGGUUCUGUGAAGGCGUAUACUCGGCACAGUCGCUACCAGGUCCGAUCAUUGGUCUCGGAGUGCAGAGGAAGUUCCGGAGGAUCAGAGUGAAUCUGGACUGGGACAGCGGGACCCUGUCGUUCUCUGAUCCUGAUACUAACACAUACAUAUGCACCUUCACGCAGACUUUCACAGAGAAGAUGUUUCCAUACAUUCGCAUUGCGGAUAAACUGAGCAUUGUACCACGGAAGGUCUGUGUGAGUGUGGAACAGAGCAGUUAGAGAUAAAGAGGAUCAUUAUAUUCAUUUUUAUUUUAUUUAUUGAAGAAAAAAGUAACUGAAUUUAAUCUGUUAAACUGUUUCAUUAUUCCCAAGAUGUUUGUUUCAGUUAUAGUUUUUUUAUUUUUUUUAAUUAAGUUUGACACUGCACUUUUUGUUUCUAUUGUUGACCUGUUUAAAAUCAUUCUACUUAGUUUCUGACUUUUAUUUUUGGUUUGUUAAGCCUUUUCCUUUUUUUCCCCCACCCUUUGUGCUGUGAUUCAGACCUCUAACAAUGAAAGACUAACAUGUGGUGGUGGGGGGGAGCUGCAGAGGUAAUAUUCAUAUACACAGUAUGACUGUGGAUCUGGUAACAAGGACAGCGCGAGCACUCCAGCAUGAGUGAUGGUCUGAAUUUCAAUGAUUGAACAAUGCCCCUUUGGCUUUGAAAUUCCUACAACAAUUCAUACAUUUUUCAUCCAAUGGGAAUGAGCUAAUCAGGUCUCAUCACAGUAAACACAUCAGGGCUUUCAAUCAGCCCAAGCUGCAUCAUUCAGUUGGGUUGCAUUCAACAUGACACUUAAUUUAAUUCAAUUUGCAUUUGCAUAAUUUGACUGGGUGUUACAAUUUGGUAACACAGUUGCGUUAAUUAUGCAUUAUGCUUUAAUUAUAUAUGGUUGAUAUGACUUGUAAAUUCUGCAAAAGUUGCUAUUAAAGGAUUUACAAAGAAAUGUUAAGUAGCAUAUUUUAUAUGCUAUUUGAAAUGAAUGUUGAGAUAUUACAAUGAUCAAGAUGACAAUAAAGAUUGUUUUGGUA